AUGGUAGGGUCCUUUAAUGUUACUGAUUAUCUGUCGAUUUAUUUGAUUUACGCCCUCCCUUUCUCUCUCUCCAGCCUAGUUGACGUCUCCUCGCUGAUGAGUGACCUGCUGUCCGUCAGUCAAGAUGUCAGCAAGCGUCUGAGGGCCAUGCAGCAGACGGUGUCCCAGCUACAGUCACCGCCGCGGACGGAAGCCAUGUCCCUGCCCGACUCACUGUCCUAUGAGGCCUCCUCAACCUCAUCAAUCAGCUGUCUCUCACCGGAGAAGAGCCACACGGUGGAUAUGCAGGUUGUACUACAGAAGCCCACCAAAAAGCCCGUGCACUUAUUCGACGAGUUGUCCGGCAUUUAUCUGCGUCCUCUCACCCUGACCCGACCGACCAGCGCCCCAGAACGCCUUAAUGCCAAAACUUGUGAACAGCAGCAACAGCUGGAGCUGCCCUCGCUCCCCCGAUUGGAUUUGGACUCCCAACGUCCGCGGUCUCGUCACUCUCAUCUGCGCUGCGAAGAGGUAGCCGGAAACUUGCGAGACAUCAAUGAAAUGCAAGCUCUCAUUGUUCUUGACACCAACGGCAACUUUGUGUCCCCAGACGGCUCCCAAUUUGCUUACUUAACUGCACUAGAUCUUGUACGAUCCAUUUUCACGCCUGACGAGACUGUGUAG